AUGAAGGUGUUCACACCAGCAGCACUCAUCCUGCUCUUUUUCUACGCUGUGGAUGCAGGGGCACGUGAAUACACUUCUGUCAUCACCGUGCCCAAUGGAGGCCACUGGGGAAAGUGGGGCAUUCGGCAGUUUUGCCACAGUGGCUACGCCGAUGGAUUUGCGCUGAAGGUUGAGCCCUCCCAGUUUGGCAGAGAUGACACAGCUCUGAACGGUAUACGGCUGCGCUGCCUCGAAGGCUCAAUCAUUGAGUCCUUGGUGGGGAAAUGGGGUACCUGGACCAGCUUCCUAGUUUGUCCUACAGGCUACUUGAUCUCCUUUUCAUUGAGAACGGAGAAGUCUCAAGGAGGAGGUGAUGACACAGCGGCCAACAACAUCCAAUUCAGAUGCUCGGAUGAAGCUGUUUUAGUAGGUGAUGGACUAUCAUGGGGAAGAUUUGGCCCAUGGAGCAAAAGAUGCAAAAUAUGUGGUCUCCAGACAAAGGUAGAGCCACCACAAGGAUUUCAGGAUGAUACAGCGCUCAACAAUGUGAGAUUCUUCUGCUGUAAAUGAGCACUUGCAUGUCUUCAUCACUGUCCCAUACAUCCCACAUCACACAUCAAAUGAGACAUCAUCAAAACUUUGCUCUAACUUUAUACAGGGAAAUGUCUGUGAGUUGCUGACUAAAUCCAGCUUUUUGAUCUGAAGGAAAGAGGUGAGAGACAGAACAAUGCAAGAAACAGCAGAACAGAAAGACAAAGGAAGAACAAUUACGAACAGAAAUGAAGUGGAGGGGAGAGACUCAUUUUAGUGACUUAACUUCCUGUGGAUUAAUUCCUCGCACCUUUGGUUUCUUGUGGCUUAACUUCUCCUUGUGUCUUACUAUGCCAUCUUAGAAGAUACUUAGAUCAUGCCUUAAAUGAUAAUACUUCUCAUAGCCUCUGUUGCUUUACCAUAACUUCUCAGUUACCCAAGUAUAUUGCAUUAUUAACAGCCAGUAUAUAAGAUCAAAUCUCUGACAACUGCCUACAAAAGUGGAAUAGACUUCUCACCUUCCUUUACUCUGACUGGUGAGUUUCUUCCAAGUUUGCUUUGCCUGUUUGUUCCUUUAUUUGAAACAAUAUUUGACCUCCAGACAUGACCAAUAGGGAAGAAAGGAUAUUAGUUUGGAGUUGUGCUUUAACCCAGCAGGCAGCUUAGCACCGCACAACUGUUUACUCACUCCCCACUCCCAGUGGGAUGGGGGCAAGAAUGAGAAAAAAACUCCCACAGUGUAGAACUCAUGGGUGGAGGUAAGAACUGUUUACUAACAGAAGAGGAACAGAAAAAAACAAUGAUAAUGAUAAUAUACAUAGAAUCAUAGAAUC